GCAUGUUAGAAUCAAAGUAAUCCCUUUUGGAGAUCAGAACUGAUGGAAAUAAAGUGGAAGAGAAGCUUUGAUUCAGUUCAGCUCAGGGGAGAUGAUGCUAUUUUGGUGAUCUCAGAGGGAGAUCUGAAGGGUGUUGAGAUUUUCACAUGUCAAAUUGUAGCAAACAAGGAAUAUUAAUACAGACACUACACGUCCCAUAAAAUAGAAAUGUCAUGAUUUGGUGAAGUAAUACAACUUGAUGGGUGUCUAUUGGGGAUAGAAUUGACAUCUGGGUCUAAAUAAAAAUGCUGCAUUUAUCUGAGGAUGGAAAUGAUAGGAAAAGACAUUUUGUUAUUCAUUGCAUAUUAGGUUAUAAUGUUGAAUGCUAUUUUUAAACUAUAUGUUAUCAACACGUUGCCUCUGGGACACUUUGAAUCUGCCAUUGCCAAUGUAUUUCCCCAUUAUUGCCUCGCAUAAACACAUUUUGUACAUAUAAAGAGACAAUGUGAUGAAAAUCAAAAGAAAUGUUGGAUUUUAAGUAUUAAGGCAAAUGACGAAACCUAUACAGGAAACCUAACAAAUAUUUAUUACAGGAUAUGGGGAUUGCCUCCGUCUGUUAUUACAACACUCUAAAUUCUGCUGGGUUAUUUUUAACCCAAUGCUGGGUAAGUAUUGGACAGAACAUAUGUUUGGUAAAUAAAUAAACCUGGAUUGUUUCAAUGCAAUGCUGGGUUGUUUAACUAGAUGUGAUCUAGUGGAUGGGAACAAGCAGAACACCAUUAAAUCCUCCUGGAAUAACAUUUAUAUUUUUUGUUUCAAUAGUGGAAAGCUGAUGAUUCAUAAUGCUACUAGUUAUGGAAAGCAUUACAAUUUGUAAAUUUGUUUUCAUCUGGGAAGCUUUUUAAUAGACAAUCAGUGAUGUGUAACGGUAAGCUAAGCGCACCAUGCAGUUGUAUAGCUCAGUAAACACGUCCCACACGCGUCAUGCAGUAAGAUGUCGCCAUAACCAGCAGCAUGUCUGGUAUAUUUGGUGGACAUCAUUCACAGGCUCUGGAAUAACACUCGAAGCCAGCAUUUAAUGUCAGAUCAAUGACUGAAACUACCAUUGCUUUAUACAGACAAGAAAGCACAGAAACCCGUGUGCGCAGUCUAUGCGCGUGGCGCGGAAAGCAAGUGUCCCUUCGUCCGAUCGUGUGCUGAGUCAGGAGACACCAACUCGUUUUUUCCUCCAUAUUCUCUUCACUUUCCUCUAUAUCCUUAUCUUACUGACCCAUGAGCUUUGACGUUGCGCUCAACUGACGUCUGUUUUCAGGGAUCAGACCGUGCCAUGCGUCCCGAGAAGCGGAUCUCCGUUUUGUCGUGGAGUCUAAAGUUGUUUCCAUUGUAGCGCAGGAUCCAGUUGAUCAUUUCUGGCGUGAUCUCUCUGUGUUUACGGUCGCGCUCUUCACCGGACCAUUGCACACCCGACGCGCGCGUUUCAUGAAUGAACGAGGCUGUUUUUCGGUGAGGGAUUAAACCGUGUCCGACCUUCAUUGCGGAAAAUCCUUGUCGGGGACUGAUGUGAAAGACCGCCGCUAAAGAACGUGCUCCUCGUGCCUUGAUCCUGUUGUGAUCAUGUCUAUACACAUAGUGGCCCUGGGUAGCGAGUGCCCUGGGGGCGUUGGGCCUGGGGAGGAGACCGCCGGCCCUGGGCAGAUCCAAGGUGGGCUGCUGUGGAGUUACCUUGGCCAUGGAGCUCGGGAAUUGGAUCCAAACUCUUUGACGCCAUCGAGGCAUCCUCUAAACCCUGCGUUUAUGGAGUACCAGUCUAGAGUGUUCGGGGAUGUUCGAGUUAUGGUGCGAGACUGCACGAGCUGGGACCUUUUGGACAGCGACUGGGCGAGUGUGCGAAGUGUUCUGGAGCAGGCCGACAUCGUGGUCAUUAAGUACUCUGUGAAUGAUAAACUGGCCUUUCAGCAGCUCCGAAAUGGCUAUGCCCCCAGGCUCCGCCCACUUUUUCGCCAUUGGGGCGUGCCUGUGAUUCUGGUAGCUGUGGGGGCGAGGCUAAACGAUGAAGGUCCGCCGUGCACGUGUCCUCUCUGUGCAUCAGACUGGAGCAGCUGUGUACCUCACAGUGAAGGUCUUCAGCUCUCCAGGGACCUAGGAGCCACUUACCUGGAGCUGCCCUCCCUAAAUAAUUUCUUUGUUGGGCGAUACUUUGGUAGUGUGUUGGAAUACUUCAUGAUUCAAUGUCUGAAGCAAAAAGCUAAAGAACGUCCGGACAAACGCCGGGGUCAAAGAUUUACCGAGCCCCGUCCCCCUCAUUUGGACCAGCCAGCACGUCUUCCACCGGUGAGAGUUGAGGAGUCCAGCUUUUCUCAGGACCUGCAGUGGCUGCUGGAGCGCGGCGUUCAGUUUGCCGAUGUGGCGUUCUAUGGUGGGGAAGCUGGGAAAGAGCUGGGCUGGGCACACGCGUCCGUGCUGUGUGCCGUCAGUCCUUACUUCAAACAGUUGCUGGUGGGACGACAAGCCUGGGAAAGACCAGUGUCACGUUGCACCUGUAGGGAAAGAGACGGCCCUCACUCGCUCUUGUCCACGUGGGAUGGAGGUAUAGAUGAUCUACCCAGAGCGGAUGGCCAUCCUACCGGACACCUAUCCCGACUUGUUGUGAAGGACCCGCUGUUGUGUUUAUGCCUGUGGGAGACAUUAAUGUUUCUUUACAGAGGGGCCUGGGAAUGGGAAUACCUGGAGGAAGCCAUUGCUGAAAAAUUAAAGAACCCUUUGGCGGUGGCCCAACUGAUGGAACGAAUACGCUCAUUCGUUGGGAGAGAAAAGGCCCCCAGGGACACACCCACAGCCCGCUCUCAACCGGGUCCUGUAACACUGGGCAACCUCUUUAAUUCCCCUCUGUACUCUGAUGUUAUCUUCAUGGUGCAAGGCAAUGUACUGCCAGCACACAGAGCCGUGCUUGUGGCCCGGUGUGAUGUCAUGGCUGCCAUGUUCAGCGGGAAGUACGCGGAGGCACGGAGUCGUGUGGUGCCCAUCCAUGGAGUCUCGUCAGACACCUUCCUAGCGUUCCUGGAGUACCUUUACACUGACACAUGCUGUCCAGCCAGUGUGUUGCAAGCCAUGGCCGUGCUCGUCUGCGCAGAGAUGUAUCAGGUGAAGCGUCUGCAGCACCUGUGUGAGGUGUGCGUCUGCGCGUAUCUUCAGAGCAUGCCCAGUCGAGAGCUGGCAUCAACAGGUAUCAGUGUGAUACGCUUACUGAAAAAAGCAAAGUGUCACAAUGCCGAUCAACUAUACGUCUGGCUCCUCCAUUUCAUUGCCAAUAACUACCUGAUCUUCAGCCACAAGCCAGACUUUCUUGAAUUAUCAGGUGAGCCGCCCGCUGAAAAUCUGGGAAAGUUGUUCAUGUGCAUUAAAAUGCAUGCACGCAUAAUCAUCUCUGACUCUACAAAAACCUGUUACCAGCACCCUGCAUCGCUCCUAACAGCUGGUGCUGUAAACAAGCCCAUGCAAAUCACUGCCUAGUUCAUUUAGUGCCCUACUGUGAAACACUAAGUGCAAAUGUUAGGUCAGUUUCGAAAGGAAUGCUACAUUUUCAGGUUACACUUUUUUUAUAGUCCACUUUAGACAUUCUACUUUGCAACUACAUGUCAACUAACUCUCAUAAGGGGGUGUGUACACAAAGGUAUUUUUUGACAGCGGCCGGCGUAUAUUUGCAUAUUUCAAAAACCUGAAAGAUCGCCCAGAGUUAAAUCAAUUUCAACUUUGACGCUCAGCUCGUCAAUGUCACUUCUUAAGUAGCCGUCCAAUCAUAGUGAAGGGGUGGGACAAAUAUCACAACAACCAACCAUUGUUUACCUAUGACUGAUAAACGAAGCAGAAGUAUCAUAGCAACCAAGCGCUUAGCUAAAAAAAAAUUGCUGGCAAAUUUCCCAGUCGGCGUCCACUUGGCG